AUAUGAUUGACAGCACACGAUUGUUGAUAUCUCUCAAAAAAUUUAAGAUGCAGAGAAUGAGAGUAAGACGUUGGUGAUCACAGUCUUCAGACUUUUAAGACAUCACAUCACACAGUGGCAAGAGAUCCUGGUGGGUUAUAGUUUGGCAGUCGAUAUGUCCAAUAUCAUUCCUAUGGUGUCUGCCUCCCCUCCGCCACUGGACGAGGCACCAUCAUUCUCUGAUGGCUGGGGUGAUGACGAUGAUGAUGAUGACUUUGGCAACUUCACGGGGGCAGAUGUAACGACAAACGAAACGCUGGAUUACGGCACCUGUGCUUUACCGUCCCCUGAAAAUCAAUCAAUGUUCUCAAAAAAUGACUCAGAAACAAACUUGGCAUGCCAUAGUUCUUCAGUGGAGGAGUCUCCAAGAAAAAAUCCCAUUGAUUCCUUACAAUUCUCAGGUUCCGUUUCUGAUUGUCAAAGAAAACCGUCUUCGUUAGAUUUACCUAAAAGCAAUAGCCAGACAAAUGGUACUGUGGACAGAGAGCCUGGUGAAAUGACUUUAGAUGUGAACAGCACUAAUGAUUCAAGCUGUGAAAACCAAGAAGUAAAUGAAACACCGUCUGGUCAACCCAACACAACGGCUAGAAAAAGAGAGUCAACUACAGACUCUGGCAUGUGCAGCACAGAUAUUUCCCCCAUUCCAAUAUCAGAUAAUUCUGCCGAUUUCUGUGAUGCCAAAAGUUCAGCAUCAGAUGCAGAUGAAAUGUUCACAGAGGUCAAUUCAGACUUUUCCUCAGAAAACCCCAGCGUUGUUCUUGAAGAGAGUUUGCCAGCCAGCUCAUCUCACAAACAUUCCAGUCACACCAGUGAAUCCUCCAGCAAUGAAAUUGUUCCAGAUUGUUCGUCUCAAAGUGAAACAUCACAUUCACAUGAAGGUGAAAGGACUGUUGACAACCAGGGGCAGUCAAAGCAGCUGUCUUGUGAAUCAGUGGUGUCACAUGAGGCAUUAGACCAAUUGUCAUCAUGUCAGGACAAGUCCACAAAACUGUCAUCUGAUGAUAUGAAUGCAGAUGAUAACAAUGAUGAAUGGUCAGGGUUUGUGGACAUUUCCUCAGCUACUCAGUCUGAUAGGAAUUCAAACUGUAAUGAAGAUGUUGAAUGCAGUGAGGGCAAAAACAACAACGUCCACCAAAGUCAGGUGUUGGAACAAACAGAAAGGCGGCUCUCAGGGAAUGAAACUGUGACUGCUGUGGCAGACUCAGAACAGGUGGAUAAUAGUGAGACAGUUAUGUGUCGUGACAGUGAUAUCAAUGACAAUACAGACUCAGACAGUGGAGAACAUUUAAGUAAACACAUUAAGAAUGAAGAAGUGGAAGAUUUACAACUUCCCGAUAUAAAUAAUAUUGAAGAUGAAGAAACGUCAUCUGAAGUCAAAUCUGAAAGUGAAAGUGACCAGCUACAAUCAGAACAGUCGAGUGAUGCUCAGAUUGAGUCUAGUGAUGACUGUGGAAAGUUUCAAACAGCUGAUCUGGAGGAGGAAGCUGUUGUGCGGUCUAGGACAGAAAACGCAUUUGCUGCAUUUCCAACAGAUGAUAGUGCACAUGAUGACAACUGGGCAGACUUCAGCAGUGCAGCUGGUCCAGUAAUCGUGACUGAUGAUGUUGAUGAUUUUGGAGAUUUUAGUCUACCUGCGGAAUCUCAGGAAAAGUUGCCGUCUGAAUCACAGAAGGUUGAGAAGUCAUUUUCAGAUAACAAUGUGGCUGAGUGUCAUGAUGAGGUAGAUGAUGAGGAUGAUGAUUUUGGAGAUUUUAGUCAACCUGCAGAAACUGGGGAAAAGUUACCAUCAGAAUCACAGAAGGCUGAGGAGUCAUUUUCAGAUAACAAUGUGGCUGAGUGUCAUGAUGAGGUUGAUGAUGAUGAGUUUGGUGAUUUUAGCACUGGUGGCUUUCAAGAAACCCCGACAGUUUCAGCAUCUUUCUCAGAGGGGUGGGCAGAUAGCCAAGGUUUUGUGUCAGCUACUCAUUCUGCAGGUAUCAAAGAGACAUCACAGCUUCAGGCUGACAAACAAGAGAAGGUGGGUCGGGUAUUGUCCACCUGUUUUCCCCACCCCUCAGGAGGUUGGGGUGAGCUUGGUAGCUUUGUGGACCUCCUGGAUAACAUGGUAGAGAAAGCUCCGCCCAAAGCUAGACUGCCCAAAACACUACCAGUACCAGAACAUCAGAAAACCUUGAAUGAUUCUUCCAAAGAGUUGGAGAAUGUGUGGCUGUUUCUGCGAGACAUGGAGAAGUCGUUAGCAGGCAGAUAUGAAUGGGCGGAGUCUUCAGGCAACAAGAAACUGUUCAAAACUCUCAGGAUUGAUGCUCGCAAUGUGUUGAUGUGGGGAUCAAAGAAACCUGGUCUCCCAAUUUAUGCAGCUAGCUUGGGUCUUCUGGAGCCAAUGAGAGAUGACCAGAGAGGCCCUGGACAGGAUGUGAAAAAAGUGGACACUCUGGUGGACACCUCCAAAACUGAUACCAGUAUCACAGCUGUCAACCAGGACAUCCCACCUGCCCAAUUUGACUGGAAUGGCAGUGGCCUUACAAAUCCUUUAGAUGCAAAGAGCUCGCUUCUCGACCUUGACCUCUUGGCUGUGAAUGAUGGGAAGUCUGGUGGUGAAAGUAAACCAAAAGUUUUUGAAUCUGACCUGCUAGGGCGGCCAGAAUGUAGCAAGGCUCCACCUAAAACGCUACAACCUCUGGAGACCAUUCUAGCCACAAUGAAGUUCAACCCCACGAUAAAGCAGGUGAAAGCAGACGAAAACCUUAGCACAGAAGCCGCCCGGGUUAUCAACACUUUGCCGGACUUGUCCUUUAUGCAAGCAAAGGUCCUUAUGUUUCCCCUGAGGACAGUGAGUGAGGGAAGUGUGGGUGGUGGAACUUGACAGCCAUACAUGGCCAAGGUCCUUAGGUUUCCCCUGAGGACAGUGGGUGAGUGAAGUGUGGGUGGUGGAACUUGACAGCCAUACAUGAUGCCAACCAGAUGCCAAACUGGGAUUUGGGUGGUGAGAAACUGGAACUUUGGGGAGGGACAGACAAAACAUGAGAACUUUGGCACAUCAGAAUGAUGUCCUACCCCCUGAGCUACAUGUUUGAGACUAGGGACUGGACAUUUAACCAUAGAACUACAUGAAGAGGGUCUUUUACUGUAAAAGUGUCCAUGGGAAGCAUACAACAGAGGAAGACUUGUUAGAGUUACAGGAGGAAGACAGCCUUACAGAAGGAAGACUUAGUCUAAUACAGAAAACAGUUUCAGCAUUACAGAAGGCUGUCUUAGCUUUACAGACGGCAGACUUGGCCUUACAGAAGGCAGUCUUAGUCUAAUACAAAAACAGUUUUAGCCAGAAAUUGUCUCAGCUUUCAUGGAUGCAAACAUAUUGGAUUUAUUCAGAGCUCUGUAGAUAUUAAAUGUGAAGG